CAACAGUUUACAACACGAGAAAUUAAGUCACCAUGAAACAGUUCAUUUUUGCCGUACUUUUCCUCCACUUGAUCAGUCUCAGCCACCAACAACCGAAGAUGCUCGAAUGUGGAGUGCGCCAAGUUGAUCCACCACAAGUGACACUUCGUGAGGGACAAACCUACCUCGGUCAGUGGCCGUGGGCAGUCGCCAUUUAUCACCUGAAACUAGACGACUCCUUUGAGUAUGCUUGUGCUGGAACACUAAUAAGCUCGCAACAUGUGAUAACUACCUACAGCUGUUUAGUGGAUCCCAGGGGGUUUAACACUUAUCCCGAGAAGGUUUUCGUUCAAUUGAGGCCCUACAAGCUGGAAGCGACCAACGUAGUCCAAAUUCGUCGACAGGAGGAGAGUUUGUACACUAUUCUUACACUUGGAAGUAAUGUACGAUUUGAUGAUUACCUUCAACCAGCUUGUAUCUACCAACAUCAUGACGUGACUGCUGGAACUUUUCUAAGUUGGAGAUCGCAGGAAGAUAGGACUCGGUGGGUUCCCUUGACAAGUUAUGCAGUGAAUUUUUCUCGUGUAUCUUGUGAAAAUGAAACGAAUGCCUGGAUUGGAGCUAGACGCGAAUUGAGGUGUGCUGAACUUUCAUUCGAAAACAUUUGCAACUUGGAUAAAGGUGGAAAUUUAUACACUGAAAGAAGUGGAGUUUGGUAUUUGGUUGGGUUAUUUGUCGUUCCCAACACGGUAACCACUGAAAAUUGCGUUAAUCACAAAAAAGUUGUCUUUUUAAAGUUGGUUAACCACAUCAAGUGGAUAAGAUAUGUGACUAAUGUACGAUAUUUGGGUAAUAUCAAGAAAAUAGAUGGUGUUGAGGAAGAUGUUACUCAGAGGUACGAAAACCAUCUUCCACAGCAUUGUGGUAGUUAUACACCUAACGAUCUACUUGAAGAAAAUGGUCAGAUUUUCAAUUAUCCUUGGAUGGCCCGUCUACUGGAGUAUACCAAGAAUGGAUCAGGCAUUGAAGUUGUCUGUGUUGGAACUGUCAUAAACCAUCGUUACGUUUUAUCUGCGGGAAGAUGUCUUCGUAUGAAUUUCUUUUUUGUACGAUUGGGAGGAGUUGCUUCCGACAUUAAAUGCAUCGAUGCUAUCGAUUGUGGCUCCUCUGGACAAGAUUAUGAAGUAGAGCAUGUUAUAGUUCAUGUAGACGAUUUCAAAAUAGGCCUAAUUCGACUUUUAAACACUGUCCACUUCAAUGACAACAUUCAACCUAUUUGUUUACCGGUGUCAGAUGAGCUGAAGAAUAUGGAUCUUUUUGAAUAUUCUGUCGUUAGUCAUAAUCAUUCGCUAAGCUGGGCAGAGAUGAGCAUAAACGUUCUAAGUAACUUUGAUUGCUCGAAAAACUUUGACGGAGAUUCCACCAUGUUUUGUGUGGAUGCUGAAAAAGAUGGCAAAUUUUAUGGAGGAGAACCGCUUGGCUAUCCGGUGAGGAUCGACAAUGGACUACGAUUUGUUCAGCUUGCUGUAAACGUUAAAAAUGUGCGUGAAAUUUACACGGUUCCAUUUAAAUUUCAAACAACUUCUCCUUUGAUGGACUGGAUCAUGGCUAAUAUGAAAAAAUACUAAAUAAAUUUUCAUCAAAACAAUCAAA